CCCAUGUUGAUCCAAGAAGAGUAUGGCAAGGCCUCUGAGCUGGGUUUCCUCUUCCUCUCCCCCCUCUUCCUGGUCUCCUGUUGUACGGUGGGACUUGAGCUUCGCAGAUCCAAGUCUUUCUCCUCCUCCUCUUCUCCGCUGCUCUGCUCGAGUUGUACGAGCCAGACAGGAUGGAGAGCACCUCUGGAUGAUGCUCCGGGUGGGUACAGAGAGAGAUCCGAUCACCUUCUCCUCUGGCCCGGGCGAUAUAUAUCGUGAGGAGGAGUUUGGUAGGGCUGUGAAUCUGGUGAUGGAACUGUUAUGGUUGGAGAGGUCAUUAACAAAUGAGAUAUUGCUGUGGAAUCAGAGAUCAGAUGGUUCAGGGAGGCUGAGGCUGCUCCAAUUCUUUUUUUUACUUUGCCACGCCCACGAUCCUGAUGCUGAUGCUGAGGUUUUACCACAUCCCGUACAGUAGGAGUCUUUGAUCCGGUAAAAGCCAAACCACCCCGCUUUGUUCUUCCAGCUUCAUCGUCGUCUACUUGGUUUUCCAUACUUGCAAGCAAAUAGAGGCGUGCCGUGGGGGUUCAGCACCCCUCUGCCACUGUUGGGUUGAACCGUGUUGGGAAAGUAAACAUAGGGGGAAAUAAUUCGUGCUUCAAGGAAUAGGAAGAUCAUUAUCUCCAACUAUUCCGUACACAAAGCGUAGUGUGAUAGUAGAGAUAAAAAGAACUCACAUAGGAAGGAAGGUCGGUGUCUGACAGCAUUAUUAUC